CUAAUGGAUUUUCAUAAAGCUGGAAAGGCUAAGUCAUUAAUUCCUUUUUUACAUCGUUAUUUUGGAUUGACCAUCGAUAAACCCCAACAUUCGAAUAAAAAAGGAAUGCUUGGGCAUUCCAUACGAAGGGGUUUUGGGCUGAAUUGUAAGAUGGUUCCACAAUGUCAAAUUAUUGGCAGUUCAAAUUAUGCUGAAAGAUCAAAAAAACGAGAUAAUGAAAUUUAAGCUUAUAUUUUCAGUCAAUGUCCUAUGUUUAAAUAAUAUUUAAAAAAAGAAUAAAUUAAUUAUAAAACUAUGCUGAAAAAAUAACAAAGGAAGAAAUACUUAAUGAUUCUGAAAUCAAAAUAAAUUGGAAGAUUGAAUUAUUGUCUAAAAUUUUUAAAUCUAUGA